CAGCAUUAAGCAUUCAGCAUUCAGUAUUAAGCAACUUUGUCUGGACCCUUUUUUUUUCCAGUUUGGGAUCGCUACCGACCUUUUUCCCUUAUGAUAAUAUUACUACCUAUCCCCGUCUCACACGCUUCCAAUUCUUAAAACACUUCACCUACAAAUUCAACCCCCAGAUUGUUGUUGUAAACCGUAUGUUGUUAAACUUUCAAAUGUCGUUCCUUCAAUAAAUUUGUCGCAAAAUCACCCCGUAUUACCUCAUUGUUCAAAAUGGACUUGCACGAGGCGCAGGUCUAUUUGCAGACCUCGCUUCAAGAAAUAUCCGACGCAUUCCAAAAGGUCCCCGGAAGUGCCGUUUUAGUUCGAUAUAUCCAGUCAAGCUACCAGAAUGAUCCCGUCCGGUCUGCUAUAGAACUUGUGCUCGUGAUAUUCUUCGUUCGAUACCUUCUGUCGCCUUCCUAUCCUACCCACGAUCCCAACUACGUGAAGCUCAGCGAUGACGAGAUUGAUGAGCUCGUUAGGGACUGGGAGCCCGAACCUCUCGUCGCUGACCGGACUCCGUUGGAGGAAGCUGAAGCUGAGAGACAGCCCAUCAUUGUCGGACCGACGGGCCCGAAGGUGAAGCUGUCCACCGGAAAGACUGUCGUGAACUUGGCCUCUUACAACUUUUACAAUUUCAACGCAAGCGAAUCGAUCAAGGAAAAGGCGAUCCAGACAUUGCGCACCUACGGAGUUGGCCCUUGCGGUCCCCCGCAGUUUUACGGCAACCAGGAUGUCCACAUGCAAACUGAACUCGAUAUCGCCAUGUUUCUCGGCACUCAGAGCUGCAUCAUCUACGCCCAGGCUUUUUCUACAAUCUCUAGUGUUAUUCCGACUUUCUGCAAGCGAGGUGACGUUAUCGUAGCUGAUAAGAUGGUCAACUACUCGAUUCGCAAAGGACUGGAGGCCUCCCGAAGCCUCAUUAGAUGGUAUGAGCAUAACGACAUGGAAGACUUGGAAGAGGUUAUGAAGAAAGUGGUUCAGGAACAAGUAAAGAAGAAGGUCCUGACUAGGCGAUUCAUUGUUACCGAGGGACUCUUCGAAAUGGUUGGCGACUGUUCAAACCUUCCCAAGCUCAUCGAAUUGAAGGAGAAGUACAAAUUCCGUAUCGCUCUGGACGAGACCUGGUCAUUUGGUGUGCUCGGUCGUAAUGGACGAGGACUUACAGAGGCGCAGAAUGUCGACGCGGAGGCUGUUGAUAUGAUCAUCGGCUCUAUGGCUGGACCUCUCUGUGCCGCUGGUGGGUUCUGUGCUGGUUCAAAGGACGUGAUACGACAUCAGCGUAUCAAUGCCGCAUCGUACACUUACUCGGCUGCUUUACCGGCUAUGGCUGCUGUUACGGCUAGCGAGACGUUGAAUGUCCUACAAUGCAACCCCGAUAUCCUACAGGCAUGCCGAGAUAACAUCCAGGCCAUGAGAGCACAACUCGAUCCCCGCAGCGAAUGGGUCCGAUGCACAAGUGACCCUGAGAAUCCUGUCAUGCUCCUUGUAUUCAAGCCCGAGGUGGUUUCGGCCAGACGGCUAACUAACGAAGACCAAGAACGACUAUUCCUCGAGAUUACGGAUGAGGCACUUGCCAAUGGUGUGCUGAUUACGCGGCUGAAGAGUUUCCCGCUAAUUGGCAGCAUCGGUACUGAUGAUAUUGAUAUUAAACCCGCCCUGAAGGUUUGUAUCACGUCGGGCUUGACCAAGAAGGAAAUUGAGAAGGCCGGCACGACGAUUCGGCACGCCAUUACCAAGAUUAUGACCCGGAAGCCCAACCGGCAGUCGUCGACACUAGCUGCUUAGGAGACAUUCAGUUUUUCGUGAUCUUGUUUACUACUACUUCACACGACGCUUCACGACAUGACACAGGAUGAGGCAGUUGUAUAUGUGUAAUGGGUUUUAUUAUACUACGACUUGAGCAUGACCCUGGGUUAAGAUGGAUACAUAGGCACUCAAUCCAGCAUUGAUUGAUGAUCGAGAAGUCCAGGAAUAUUAUAUAUAUACCUGUACCUAGGUAUAUAUAUAUAUAUAUUCGAGAUGAGAAGACUAACGGUCCAGGAUCAAACUACACGAUAGAAUCAAAUACUAAUUGCUAAUUCCCUCAUACGAG